AUGUCUUCAGACGAACAGCUCAACACUCUUGUUGAAUCCGGGAUAACGAUACCCUCCGACUCAGAGCAAUAUUCUCGCAAUGAAGAUGAAAAUUCUCCUUCACCACCUUCAUCAGAUUCUCCACAGAUGAUUCUUUACUCUCCUCCUACAAUUUGGGGAUUACUUCGAGGUGCUGCGAUCAAUCUUGUCUUGCCGUUCGUGAAUGGACUUAUGCUGGGAUUUGGAGAGCUAUUUGCCCAUGAAGCUGCAUUCAGGUUGGGAUGGAGUAACACAAAGGUUUUCCCUCUCACACGAAGAUCUGUAGGCCCAGGGAUUGAAGUCAUAGAUAGUCCAAUUGAACGCAAGAGCAGAGAAGAUACUGGCGUUAGGAGUUAUGGCCAACUCUUUUCUGGAAAGAAGAGCAAACAGGGUAUAGAGAGCAUCUCAAGAUCAGGAGAUACAGCAAACUCGAGCAAACUUAGCAGAGCUGCUGAGGAGAUCGAACAACACAUAGAUGUGAUUGUUGCCGGUUUAUGGGAAACAAUCAAGAGGACUGGGUGA